GUUGACUGGUACAGAUAUUUCCGUACUGUUGCUCCAGCUUUCAUCAACGACUAUCUAGCUGGUAACCCGAAAAUGCUCAUAAUAGAAAUCGACUACAUGAGAAGAGUCAACCGUCUGAUCAGCUCGACUGAUCCGAGGAUUAUCACAAACUAUGCCUACCUUCGGUACACCCUCAGUUGGAGCGGCGAGCUCGGCAUGCGAUAUGAGGACAUCUACCAGAAGUUCUAUUACGUCAUGUAUGGGCAAAAAAAGAAGGCACCUCGGUGGGUAGAAUGCACCAGCACGACUACGUACCAAAUGCAAUACGCUGCUGGUGCGCUCUACGUUAGGAAAGCAUUCAAUGAGACGUCAAAAAACAUGAUGCUGGAGAUGAUAGCCGAUCUGCAGGGCGCAUUUGACAACAUGUUGGCUGAGAGCGACUGGAUGGAUGAGACUACGAAGGCGAGGGCAGUCUAUAAGGCAAAACACAUGCUCCGACAUGUCGGCUAUCCAGAUUUCAUUCUCGACGAUGAGAAGCUGGACGACUAUUAUAGUGGACUGUCCAUAGAGGAAUCGGAUUCUUACAGUCAAAUGGUGGAGAAGUUGAAACGAUGGGGCAUCGAGUUUGCUUUCAAACUUCUGAUACAGCCUGUCGAUAGGAAUGAAUUUGACUUCAAUCCGGCGGAUGUGAAUGCCUACUAUUGGUUUAUGUCAAAUUCGAUCAGUAAGCAACUAACUAUUAUUGGCGUCUUUUCAUUGAGUAAAGGAAAAACACUGAACUAUGGAGGAAUUGGAGCAGUAAUUGCACACGAAAUCACCCACGGAUUCGAUGACGAAGGUAGGCGACUUGAUGCCGUCGGGAAUCUGCGAGACUGGUGGGACAACAGGAUGGAAGUCCAGUUCUCAAAGCGUGCACAGUGCAUCAUUGACCAGUAUGACAAGAUAGAGGUUCCUGGAACUGGUUUGCACAUCAAUGGUAAGCUAACACAAGGAGAGAAUAUAGCCGAUAACGGUGGAGUAAAGCAAGCAUUCAAGGCAUACACAAAUUAUCUGAAGAAAUUUGGAGAAGAAAAACGAAUUGAAGGAUUGGAAAAGUACAACAACGAGCAAAUAUUCUUCAUGGGAUACGCGAUGGUCUGGUGUGGCCACGCAACGACAGAUGCCCUAAUCGACGCCAUUCUCACCGACCCCCACGUUCCCGUAAAAUACCGUGUGAAUCAAGUGCUCGCUAAUCAACCAGAAUUCGCUGCCGCUUUCAACUGCGCAAUCGGCACUCAAAUGAAUCCGACGGAACGAUGUGCUGUUUGGUAG